GUGACGCCACCAUCUCGCGAGAUAGGAUUUGUGGCGUCGGGAUUAGCUGUCAGGCUGGAACUGAACGUUAAUGGGGUUGUGGGACGUUUAAGCAGCGAUCCGGAAUUGUCGGGCGGUAUGGAGGAGCAGGAUAUCUGUGCCUAUAGGGAGCGACGUCAGCGCAAAAGUCCAGAGGAGGAAGAGGCGCUGGAAAAAGAGCACUUCUGGAAGAUCAUCAAUGCCUUCACAGGCUAUGGGAGUAGCAUUCAUGAACAAGUGAACCGCACAGAAAGACAGUUUAAAUCCCUGCCAAAAAAUCAGCAGGAAUUGCUUCCUCACUUCGUUCCUCACUUGGACUGCAUCCGUCAGUGCAUAGAUCACAAUCAGAAAAUUCUGCAAAUGAUUGUGGAUGAUUGCACCCAUAUGUUUGAAAACAAAGAAUACGGUGAAAAUGGUUACAGAAAGCCUACUCCUCCAUCCACCUUUGAUAUGGACAAGCUUAAAUCUACUAUAAAGCAGUUUGUGAGAGAUUGGAGUGAGGAUGGCAAGGCCGAGAGAGACGCAUGUUACCAGCCUAUUGUUGACGAAAUUCUUAAACAUUUCCCCAAAGAUAACGGUGACGUCUCCAAUAUAAAUAUCUUAGUGCCUGGUGCAGGACUUGGUAGGCUAGCAUGGGAAAUUGCGAAGCAUGGAUAUUCUUGCCAAGGGAAUGAAUGGAGUUUCUUCAUGCUAUUUUCCUCAAAUUUUGUGCUCAAUAGAUGUUCUGAAACUGAUGCUUUUAAACUUUACCCAUGGAUCCAUCAGUUUAGUAACAAUCGUAAAUCAUCAGAUCAAAUAAGACCUGCUUAUUUUCCAGAUGUGGAUCCUCAUGAUCUCCCUCCAAGCGCAAAUUUCUCCAUGACUGCUGGAGACUUUGAGGAAAUUUACACAGACAAAUGUUCUUGGGACUGCAUAGCAACAUGUUUCUUUAUAGACACUGCACAUAAUGUCCUAGACUAUAUUGACACUAUCUGGAAAAUACUUAAGCCAGGAGGCAUAUGGAUAAAUUUAGGCCCACUUUUAUACCAUUUUGAAAAUAUGGCAAAUGAGCUUUCUAUAGCAUUGAGCUAUGAAGAUAUAAAAAAUGUUGCUUUGCAGUAUGGAUUUCACAUAGAGUUUGAAAAAGAAUCGGUGUCAACAACAUACACAGUGAAUAGUUUAUCUAUGAUGAAAUUCUUCUACGACUGUAUCUUUUUUGUGGCUCGCAAGCCACAGCAAUAAUGGACUCUGCAACCUAAAAAGAAGAAAAUCUAAAGAUGGUGUCUUGGGGCAAUCAAGAGACACUCUGAAAGGUGCCUUUUUAUCUGUAAAUGUGUUGGUAUUUAACCGAGUAUUUCAAACACUGAGUGCACAUUACUUGGCAAAUGGCAGUGCACAAUUACAAAUAAUACCAACUUGAAUUUUAAUUUUAUUCAACUUUUUUUUUUAAGUUAAUAAAAUCUGACUCCUGAAAUUAAACUUUUUAUUAUGUCUGCAUAUAUUUUUUGUUAAAUAUUUUAAGGAGAAUGAAUUUGUCUAUGGAAUUGUCCAGCAAAAUGGUGAAUAAAGUUUUUGUGUAUUUUUAA